UACGGGUUACGGGAAAAUGGCUGAUUCAUCGGAGUCCACUGGCGAGUACGUUAGCCACGUGGCGAGGCGUCUCACCGAGGAAGAGAUCGGGAAGAUGAAGACUCAAAAUUCCCGUUUGGUAACGGAAUUCCGAGCAAACCAAUUGGAACAAGAUGCCAAAAAGCAUUGGGAUCUAUUUUAUAAACGAAACGACACCAGAUUCUUCAAAGAUAGACACUGGACCACUAGAGAAUUUAGCGAGCUGUUGGGCUUGGGCGCGCAGGAGGAUCCAAAGGUUCUUCUUGAGGUCGGCUGCGGUGUUGGGAAUUUCGUAUAUCCGUUGGUCGAAGAUGGAUUGAAAUUUAAAAGAAUAUUCGCUUGUGAUCUGUCUCCUAGAGCAGUGGAAUUAACAAAGAGUCAUGUAUUGUAUGAUCCAGAAAACAUGAGGAUUUUUCAGACUGAUGUUACAACGGAGGAUUGUUUCGCCGAUGUAGACUGUCCUGUGAAUGCGGCGACCUUAAUAUUCGUUUUAUCAUCCAUUCAUCCGGAUAAGUUCCGAAGAGUUGCUGAGAAUUUGUACAAUGUUCUUGAUAAUAAAGGAGUUGUACUUGUAAGAGAUUAUGGUCGAUAUGAUAUGGCCCAGUUGAGGUUUAAGCCUGGUCAUAAAAUUAGUGAAAAUUUUUACAUGAGGCAGGAUGGAACCAGAAGUUACUAUUUUACCACAGAAGAAGUAACUAAGCUAUUUGAAUCUGCUGGUUUCCGUACUUUAACAUGUGAUUAUGUGCAAAGACGUACCGUAAACUUGAAGGAGAAUAUAGAUGUGGCCAGAAUUUUUGUUCAGGGGAAAUUUGAAAAACCUUAA